UUUGAAUCCUCUGCAGGUCUGCCUGCUGUUCCUGGGAGAAAGGGAGAAAAAGGGAGGCAAAGUCCCUCUUGCUUGGAGACGGAAUGUCUGCACUUUCCAUUCUCUUUUUAGCUUCCUGCUCUGCUUGGCUGUCUGAGGCUCAGACUGAAUUUAAGAGAGUGGCUGAAGAAAACGUGACUUUGCCCUGCCACCACCGCUUGGGCCUCCUGGAGCAAGGGAGCUUGGAUAUUGAGUGGCUGCUGCACAUUUCUGAAACUGUACAAAAAGCGGUGAUCACUUACUCGGGAGGCCGUGUUUAUGAUGACCUGAAUGAGGAUCAGAAAGGGCGUGUUUCCUUCACAUCCAACUUCCUCGCUGGAGAUGCAUCCUUACAGAUCAUAUCCCUGCAGUCCAGCGACGCUGGGAAGUACAUCUGUAAGGUUAAAAAUGCUGGGCAGUACGAAUGGGCUCGCAUCACCCUGAAGGUUGUAGAAAAACCUUCUAAGCCCAAAUGCUGGCUAGAAGGGGAGCUGCUGGAAGGAAAGGAGCUGUCCUUGCAAUGCCGAUCUGCCUCUGGCACUGCCCCCAUCUCCUACCGAUGGCAGCGCAUCAAUGAGGAAGAGAGAGCAGAACAUCUUCCCCCUACAUCAAGAGUCAACAUUUCUAAUCCUGGGCAAGUGCUAUUGAAGAACCUUACACAGAUGAGCACAGGGCUGUACCAAUGCAUUGCCACCAACGAGGCUGGACAAGAGAGCUGUGUCGUUCAGGUGACAGUGCAGCAUGCACAAAAUAUUGGCAUGAUAGCUGGAGCAGUUUGUGGCGUGGUGGUGGGACUCUCCCUCCUUAUCCUAGUGGUGAGGCUGACAAUAAGGAGGAAAGAAAAGAAGAGAUAUGAGGAAGAGGAGGCACCUAAUGAGAUCAGGGAAGAUGCAGAAGCCCCCAAGGCCCAUCUCGUCAAGCCCAGCUCCUCUUCCUCUGGUUCCAGGAGCUCGCGCUCAGGUUCCUCCUCAACCAGGUCGACAGCCAACAGUGCCUCUCGCAGCCAACGGACUUUAUCAACUGAAGCUACUCCCCAUCUAACUCCUCCCCAGUACAGCCAGAGGGAGAUGGAAGGAAAAGAAAUGGAGCCAAAGAAAGUCGACUAUGCGAACCUGAUGAAAAUGGGAGCGACGCUGGUCAUGGUGCCAGCCCAAAGCCGAGCCUUCCAGACCGUGUGAUAGCUCACCAGCCCUCUCCAGACUCCUGCUGUCCAGAAACACUUCACAUACCACCAGCCACAUAGGAAUUGAUAGAUUAGAUAGUUGUCUUUCUGGUCAGCUUUGUUUUACUCACUUGUGAUUAUUCACACCACAAGAAGCCCUCCCACUCGACUCUUACAUCUGCCAGCACUGAGGUUCUGAGACAGAAUUAGUUUUGUUGUGAAAAGACCCAUUUGAGGGAAAAGGGAGCCUUCUUUUUAAAUUAUCUUCUCUUUUUUUUUUGAAGUGGAACACUGAGCAUUUUAAAACUACAGCAGCCAAGUGCUGUACAAAUGAAAUGAAGCCAAACCUCGGGAUUUUUUAAAAGGGAUCAACAGAGACAUAAAGACACAUAAUAUUCCAGAGAGGUUUUGUGGGGAGGGAAAAGUCUCCUGUCCUGUUUUAGAGAACUUUCUCAAAGAUGCAUUGUCUUCUCUGAAGAUUCUGAGGCAGACUUGCUGCUGAGGUUAGUCUGGUGUUCAGCCUCAAAACAGGAGCUUCACUUUUUCUGCAUUCAGCCUUCUAGUGAAAUACUUUCAGAGGCUGUAACUAAAGUGGAAAAGAAAGGAUCACUCAAAAAGAUCAAGAGAUGCAACAUUAUGAUUAAGGCAUGUGUCCGAACUAACCUCUGUACUAAAGACAACCGACCCUUUAUGUUAAGGAAACAGAGGUGCUUUAAUUGCCAGAAUAAAAAGCCUGGCUCUGCUUUUAUGGUCAGCACUGCAAAGCCACAGUAACUCCACUGGAGCGAUACCUGUGGCAAAUGAGCCUUAGUGCAAUGAGAAUUGGGCACUGAAUCCAGAACAAAGGGAGUACCUCACAAUCUACCAAAAGGCCUGGGCAAACAGGUUGUGGAUUCACCAGUUUUGGGUUAAGUCAUGCUGUAGAAGCCUUACAGAGAGCUCUUCCCAAGACUGAACAAACAGGAUUCUUGAGCUGACCUUCAGGCAUCCAGGUAAGACUGAAGGACAGAGGGACAGAGCAUGUAGUGAGGAAAAGACACCAGGGACAGGUAAGAAAGCACAAUGCUGCUUCCAUGAGAAAACAUUUGUGUGUAUUGACCCAUUUAUACCCCCAGCACUGGGCCACAUGAUGCUUAAACCUGAGCACAACUCUUUAAGGAGUUGCAAGAACCAUAAAACUGUUUUCUGAGAUUAAAUUAGCCAGAGUAAACAUUUCCAAGGAAUACAGAGUCUUGCACUUCAAGUUGAAGGCCAAUGGGAAAGGAUGGGAGAUAGGGACAGGCUUCCUCUGGAGGCAGAUGCUCACACAGUUCUGUCAUUUAUAGCUUCCUCUGAAGGACUUGGCUCUGAUCACUGCUACACACAAGACACUGAGCGUGUGGGUUCUAGAUCCCUCUAUUCCUGGAACGAUGAUCUUCUAUUAAAAACAAAGUGUUGUGGGGUUUUUUUCCUUUGAGGGAGGGGAUGUUUUCUCUGAUUUGUGGAAUGAACCUACAGGAGAUGGAUCAGCACAGAAGCAGCACAGAUCUAUAACUCUUUCACUCCAGGGGCUGAAAUUACUCUCUUUUUCUGACUGAGACCCAGAAUUCUAGCUUCUCUGCUCGAGAUCUUAGACAAUCUGACCAAAGCCAAGCCUUCCUUUGUUGACUUCUUUAGGGGAAACAUUUUUCAAACUUGCCCUAUAGUAACUGAGAACUCUUCCUAGGAGCAGUCACCUAUUUUCAUCACAUGUACCAAACUUCUCUUGCUCUCUCUACCCCAGAGACAACCUAGCCACCCUCAGCAGGACCCAGUACUGCUGUAUUGUGCAGGGAAGACAGUCCUGAGUCACAGAUUUAAACACAAGAGACAUCUGGUAUUAGGUGUCUGAUAAGCUUCUGCUUUUGUGAACAGCUCCUGGCAUUAGAUAGUCAUUUUACUUAGCUUCCUGGAUGCUCCAGAGGCGCACUCCUGGAUCCAGCUGUGUUUUGGUGGAUUUGGUAGUGACUGUCACUGCUUGGACACAGCAGUUGUGUGUGUGUCUGUCUGUGUGACUCCUUUGCAAUUGCUCUGUUCCUGGACCCUGAAGGCCUUAGACACACCAACCAAGGUACUCCAGAGCUGGGAAAGUCCCGAAGAGCAUGAACAGGACUGCUCAAGUAGUUUGUGGUUUCUUUGGUUGCUUCUUGUGCUUUAUGUUACUGGUAUUACACCUGAGAUUAUUUAUUCUAUGCAUUAAAAAAGAAACAAACCCAAACCAGGAGUGUUUUUCUCAGUGAAGAAUACAUGCCUGGGCAACCAGAAGCUUAUUACCACAAAAUAAGAGUGGCAAUUCAAACAGUUGAGCUGGUUACAAUCCAAGUACUGAAUAGUGCAGGUUAGCCUUGAGUCACAAGCCAGAGUUGCAAUUAGCAAAGAGGAGGAUGCUCAGCCUACAGCCUGGAGGCCCCUUGCUGCUGGCUAGAAUCUGCCCAGCCUGCUCCUGGCAGUCCCUCUCCUGGAGUGCUUUGGGAAUAUGCUGCAGAACUGAUGAGCCAUGGCAGCUCUCUCCUGGUCUCCAACUCUCCUGGAGCAGCAAAGUCACUCUGUCGUAUGGGCUGUCUGAUUGCAUAGGAGGAAAGGUUUACAGACCUUGGGGAGAAGUUAGUGGGGAGCAAUCACUGAAGCCUGUGAUGAUUUCAGGAAGCAGGUGGUACGUGUGCCCACUGUCUGGGCACAUGCAGCCUGCCCUGCAUCCAAACGCUGGCAGAAAAAACACCCUGGCCCUCUCCUGCCUCGGAACAAAGAUGUGUGGCCCUGGCUAGGAAAUGUGAGUAUGACAGUCAUUUAAAAAUCACCAGGUCUGAAAUGUGGUGCUUCUGGGAUCACACAUCGGUGAUCUCACAGGUCACAGUGAACACAAAGUCACUUCUGCACUUCAGUUGCUCGAAUGAAGCCCCGAAGGCGAUGUUCAUUACUCAAAGGGAAUCCAAGAAAGGCAUCGCUGCAAAGGCAUUUUGCUUCCAAAGGGACAUUUUCUGAGCUCCAGAUGACAUUAUCAGGAGCUGCACAAGGGAAGCAAAUGAAGCCUAAGCCAAACUCUUUUGUAACAUAGUGUACUUAAAACAUUUACUGUCAUAUACCACUUAUUACUAGUGUGAUUAAAUGCAAUGUUAUGUAGCUUUCUUUUAUUUCUCAGCAGCUAAACUAAGCUUACAUCUCUUCUACCUGCUAUAGUCGGUGUACUGGUACUGUGUCUGAACAACUCAGAGAAAAGCAAAUAUUUAUUAUUGAUUCCUUUGAAUCAAUGAUUUCAUAAUUUUUUUUUGUUGGUUGGUUGUUUUAUAAAUAAAUGUGCUGCAGCUGAAGUGCUGCAGCUCAGCUCAA